UGCAGAAAAAUAGGCGAGCUCUCCCUUUACUUUGCCGCCCUAUUCCUCCAGUCUACACUCCAGUAACUCACAAAGACUGUUAGACUUCCUUCAGUUGCAGUUUUGCUUCAAAUAAUUCGAAAUCACAAGAGGAUAAGGGGGCGUUACCAUGAAGGAUCUCCUCUUUGUAUUUGCAGCAUUGGCUCUAGUUGCUUGCACAUCAGCUCAAAAUUCCACCAAUGACACUGAUGACAUAAUUGCAAGUGGCUCAGGAAGGAUGCAAACCUGUGAUGAUAUAGUUUGCACUGGUGGUGGCCAGUGCAGAAUCAGCAACACAACUAACAUGCCUUAUUGCUGGUGCUCUCCAGGCAGCAGACUGGUCAAUGGUUAUCACUGUGAAGCUUGUCCUAUUGGUUAUUGGGGUAUGGGGUGCAGUCAGACUUGUGCAGAUAAUUGUGGUGCUGGUCGCGUGAGUUCAUGCAAUGCUGUAAAUGGAACUUGCGUCUGUAACAAGUGCUGGACAGGAGCUACGUGCGAUUCAAGUACUAAUGGAACUAAUGGAUUCCAGUGUUUCCUUGAUUAUACUGCAGCUAUUGAUAAAGGCACAAGUUUAAAUUCUUAUGGUGGUGAAGUACCUCAACCAGCUCAGACAAAACUAAGACAGCUUGCAGCAAGUCUUUUGAAAUCAUCCACAGAUGCAGUAGUACAAGAAGACAGUGCAAAACUGACAAUAAUUGACAGAAGUGAUGUAGGGGCAAGACAGCUAGCAAGAUUUUCUUUCACUGUUCUGAAUCAAGGGAGCUCAGAUUAUGAUAAUGCAAUAAAUGCAAUCAAAACAGACGUUAAAGAUGGCGACUAUCGUGCUACACUGAUUAUAGACGAGAGUGAUGGGAGCACAGCUAAAGUGACAGUAAAUGUCUAGUUUUCUUUUUCUUAUCUCCCUCUGUGUCUUUGUCAUGUGAUUGUCAUGCACGGGUCUCUUGUGAUACUAUUGACAUUAUCACUUAAUUUAUAAUAAUUAUCUUAGCAGCUUGAUUCUCUUUCUAUUCCUCUUCCGUGAUAAUAAAUUUCUAAUUUUUCGUUAUUAUUUUGAAACAAUAAAAUCCUUUUGUUCUACA